AUGGCAUACGUUGGUUAUCAUUUGGUGCAGAAUAAUACGUCUGUAGAAGAUCUCUACCUUCAUAACAAUCAAAUUGGAGUUGGGGGAGCACACUAUUUGAGUAUUACAUUACAACAUAAUAAAAAACUUACUGUACUUUGUCUCACUAAUAAUCAAAUCGGAAAUGAAGGAAUACAAUAUCUGAGUGAUGCGUUGGAGAAUAAUAAAACACUUAAGACAGUCUCUUUGGGAAAAAAUCACAUUACAGCUCAAGGAGUACAGCAUUUAAGCGAUGCAUUGCAAUAUAACAAGACGCUCACUACGCUUUACCUGUCCGAUAAUCCAUUUGGAAAUAAAGGAGCACUGUAUCUGAGUAAUGUAUUGCAAAGUAGUACGGCAUUGACCACACUCUGGAUUAAUAAUAAUCACAUCGGAAUUGAAGGAGCACAAUAUUUAAGUAAUGCAUUAAAAACUAAUACAACACUCAUGAUAUUAUUUCUUCAUAACAACCACAUUCAAAGUCAAGGAGCACAAUAUCUCAGUGAUGCACUACAAAAUAAUAAGACUCUCAAAAAGCUUAAUCUUAGUGAUAAUGAAAUUGGAAACAAAGGAACACAACAUUUAUGUAAUACAUUCAUAAAUAAUAAAGAAUUCAAAAUAAUGGCAUUAAAUACGAAACCAACAACAAAUACACCAAAUUCAAUUAAAUUUCUUAUCAGUGGUUUAGCUUCAAUGGGUGCUACUUUGUUUGUUCAUCCAAUGGAUUUAGUUAAAAAUCGAAUGCAAAUAAGUGGUGAAGGUGGUGGAAUUAAAGAAUAUCGAACAAGUUAUCAUGCAUUAACAACUAUAUUUCGUAAAGAAGGUUUUCGUGGAAUUUAUUCAGGACUUUCUGCUGGUUUAUUUCGUCAAGCAACAUAUGCCACAACUCGUCUAGGUAUAUAUCAGAUAUUAUUAGAACGUUUUAGAGAUCAUGAUGGUCGUCCACCAUCUAUUUUUGUUAAUCUUCUUUUGGGUGUUAUCAGUGGUGGAUUAGGUUCACUUAUUGGUACUCCAGCUGAGCUCGCUUUAAUUCGUAUGACACUUGAUGGACGAUUACCGAUGAAUGAACGAAGAAACUAUGCACAUGUAUUUGAUGCUCUUGCAAGAAUUACACGAGAAGAAGGUAUUUUAAAAUUAUGGCGUGGAGCUAUACCAACAGUAACACGAGCUAUGAUUGUUAAUGCUGCACAAAUGCCAUCAUAUUCACAAGCGAAACAAUUAAUUAUGUCAAUGGAUCUUAUGCAACAAGGACUUCCUUUACAUGCUGUAUCAUCAUUAAUAGCAGCAUUAGUAACUACUAUUGUUUCGUUACCAAUUGAUAUUGUUAAAACUCGAUAUCAAAAUAUGAAAAUUAUACAAGGAAAACCAGAAUAUACGGGAAUUUUAGAUGUAUUUCAACGUAUAUUUCGUCAAGAAGGAAUAUUGAGUUUUUGGAAAGGUUUUACACCAUAUUUUUAUCGUAUUGGUCCACAUACAAUUCUCUCAUUUAUAUUUAUUGAACAAUUAAAUAUUCAAUAUCAACGACGUAUUUGUAAAAAUGAAAGUUAUAUGUCAACAUUAUGA